AUGCAAAUACACUUGCAUUUUGAAGCUCAAAUAUCUACUUUAGGAUUGGUAUCUGAUUUUACAUUUAGAUUAAGAAAUGAUUUGAUGUCAAAUAUAACUAGCAGUAAACCUGAUAUACCUACUCAAUUAACAAUUGAUUUAUUUUUCAUUAAUC